UCAACCUCAUUUUCCCAUCAUCUCCCUCCUCUUCAUCUUCCUCAUCCUCCUCCACCUCCUCCUCACCAGGCAAACGCGGCGCGCGCGCGCAGGUGUGACCAUGGCCAUCACCACCACCACCUCCUCCCUCUCCGCAAACGACAACAACAACAACAACGACAAGCCAGUCGGCAGCAGUAUCCCCAUCAUCGACUUCGCGGCGCUCCUGUCUGAAGACGAAGACGACGACAACCUGCGGCCCGAGCAGUACGCCAAGGUCGGGGGCGAGCUGUAUCAGGCCUUUAAGAAGGUCGGCUUCGCAUACGUCAAGAACCAUGGCGUGCCGCAGGACAUGGUCGACGAGGCCUUUGAAUGGAGCCGCAGGUUCUUCGCCCUCCCGCAGAGCGAAAAGGACAAGGUGCCGCACCCGCCCGAGGGGUGGUACCACCGGGGCUACUCGGGCGUCGGGCGCGAAAAGGUGUCGCAAAACGUCUUCGACGCCGAGGGCAUCGCGCGCGAGCGCAGCGUGCCCGACUGCAAGGAGUCGUUUGAGAUGGGCGGCGAGCACGAGGAGCGCCUGCGCAACAUCAUGCCCGACGAGCACGUCCUGCCGGGCUUCCGCGCCUUCUUCGCCCGCUUCUUCGACGCCUGCUACCGCCUCGAGCUGCGCCUGCUGCGCGCCGUCGCCGUCGGCAUGGGCCUCGGCGGCGACCCGGACUACUUUGUCGACUACCACCGCGCCCGCAGCAACCAGAUCCGCCUCCUGCACUACCCGCCCGUCGAGGAGGAGCUCCUCGCCCAGGGCAAGGUCGACUGCAUCGGCGCGCACACCGACUUUUGCACCCUGACGGUGCUGUUUCAGGACGAGGUCGGCGGGCUCGAGGUCGGGACGGCGGCGGCCUGCGAUGGCGAUGCUGGUGAUGCUGGUGAUGCAGCUGCUGGUGGUGGCGGCAGCAACAGCAGCAGUAGAUUCACCCCCGCGCCCUUCAUCCCCGGCACGGCCGUCGUCAACAUCGGCGACUUCCUCAUGCGCUGGACCAACGACGAGCUCAAGUCGACGCUGCACCACGUGCGCACCCCGCCCGUCGACGAGCGCGACGUCGAGCCCGGCCGCCCGCGCAUGACGCGCGAGCGCUACUCCAUCCCCUACUUCGUCGCCGCCGACGGCCACCGUACCAUCGACUGCGUCCCCGGCUGCUGGGGGCCCGGCCGCCCCAAAAAGUACGCCCCCAUCAACGCGGGCGAGUACAUGGACAUGCGCCUCAAUGCCACGUACUAGUAAUAAGUUGGAGUAGUUGGAUGUGUGUCGUCUACCACUCCUACCUAUCUACCUACCUCCCUCUCCAGGUGGCGACACAAUAGUCGUCGUCAGUGGGUCACUGUCAGUCAAGUCAGCUCGACGCUACAAGCCAUCAUCAUCAUCAUCAUCAUCAUCAGCCUCGGUGAGAGAGGAGGGGGCGGGGGACCGGGAGGGGGGCAAACAGCCUGUUGCUACUUUGCCUCUUUCAUGUGCUUCUUUCCCCUUUCCCCUUUCCCCUUGUUGCCUCGCAGUCAUAGGCAGUAGGCCCUCGCAUCACAUGUGCAAAUUUCGGAACUGAGAGACUCAAAACUCGGUACGUAGUAGCAUUGCGGGCGGAGAAUUUUAUUAUCACGUCAGUCCUUCUUGGCUCGUACGAAGAGAGCAGCAUAUCCUCCGCUGUACGUACGUGGGUAGUCGUUUCCUUGGCAAAUGGGGGUCCUUCGCAGUCGGCCCCCUUUUCGGGCCCGUAACGAACCAUAUACGUAUGCAAGUGUUCCCCGUGGAUCGUCGUCGCUAUUUAUACAUACCCUACCUACC